GGCGUUGACGGUGCACCAUUCCCGCCGCCGCCGCCUCUGCCAUGUCGCCGGUCGCCCGCUCGUUGCUCACCCUUGCCGCGUUGUUUGUCGCCUCAGAUGCUAAAGUCACGAAUGUCGAUUUAGGACUGGGUGGACAUUGCGUUAAAUUCAUUAUAGAUAUUCCUCCCAGGGCUGUACCAUACAAGACUUCCCUCACACGCCUUAAGUUUACAAUGAUGUCCUACGACACUAGCACACCCCUGAAAACAAUCCCCAACUAUUGUGCAGACUUCAAAGAAGAGAUUGCGAAGCAAACAGUAGAAGUGUGCAAUGAUUACGUCCACCCUCCGCCGAUCCCGCUGCUCCCGCCUCUAGCGUUCGCAGUUGGUGACAAUGUGCUGUCGCCCGUGUUCGCAUCAUGUUAUAAAGACCCCCAGUGCGGACCGCUCUACUUUAAAAUCGACCAGGAAUGCAGAAGACCAGCCGUCUAAAUAUACAUAUUAGUACCCAGGUUUUUGGGAAAUUUGUCGUGAAUGGUUUCUUUGUUUUCUUUUCAAAUAAACAUGUAUUUUAGUGUA